UUCUUAUAUUUACCAUAUUCUGGCAAGCAACUUUAUAACGGAAAGAUAGUAUAAAAGAACUGUCAAUCGAAAGUCCACACAUCAGUUGAAAGUUGCAUUUAGAUAAAUAAUAUGAAGCUCCUGUUAAUUUUGCCGUUAUUAGUGGUCCUAGUUUCGGGCAGUACCUACGACGAUGCAACAAAUCGCGAGGAGGUGAAUAAUUUUGAAUCCGAUAUUCCUGUUUUGGAAUCGUACAACGGGGAAAGUUCGGCGGAUAAAAUAAUUCAGAAAAGAAGUUACGGCUUAGGAUUGUGGGGUGCAGGCGGCCUCGGAUGGCCUAUAGCUAGUUCUGGAUGGGGCUAUGGACUUAAUUUAGGCCAUGGGAUUGGUUUAGGACAUGGCAUUGGUUUAGGACACGGCAUUGGUUUAGGACACGGCAUUGGUUUGGGCCAUGGACUUUCAUAUGGACAUGGAGGAUGGGGCGGCGGCGGCGGUUGGGGUGGAUGGGGUGGACUGGGUGGAUUGAGUGGUGCAAGUUUAGGUUGGCACGGAGCUUGGUAUCCAAAAGUGCCCUUAAUAUACGGAGGCUAUGGUCUUAGUGGUUGGCAUCAUAGAAGAUAAAUUCUCCUGAGAUGAUGAAUAAUAAUUACUUCUAAUUUAUCAUUUUCAUUUAUAGAAAGAGGGAAAAAUCUUUUUUCCUUCUGUAUUCAUUUUGUCAAAGUUCCUUUAAUAUUUAUAAUUUUAUAAUCGUUAGUUUCGAUAAUCAUUUUCCAAUAGAAUAUGAAUAAAAAUAAAAUGGAAAAAUAAAAAUUAAAAAUAAAAAUUAAAAGUAAAUAAAUAUUCAAAAUAAAUAAAAUAAAAUACUCAAUUAGUUGAUAGUAUUUUGUGUAUAUUAAAUAAUCUCGUUGAUAAUUUUAUAAUAAAUUAGAAACAAUUUUGAUAGGAUUGUAAUGAUAUUGAUAGAAUUAUAAUGGUACUGAUAGAAUUGCAAUUUCUUUGGUAGAAUUGCAACUGAAUUGAUAGAAUUGUAACUGAAUUGACAGAAUUGUAAUCGAAUUGAUAGAAUUGUAAUUGAAUUGAUAGAUUUGUAAUCGUAUUGACA